UGGCAAGCUUAGAUCCCGGGGAUAUUCUUCAUGCCUCUCCUCAGUCUGCCUCCUCCUCCUCCUCAGCCUCUCCUUCUCUCGACAUCGCUCCAGCUCCCGCGAUGCGUUCAGAUUUUUCCCAUGCACAUGAAGGCAGCAUCUACCUCCGGUCCGCACAUGCGCAAUGGCCUCCUGCAAGUCAGAUGGGCAAAGAAGUGUGUUUGUGUGCAAAGGUUUAACUCAUGGAUUAUGGGCUGGUCAUCUUUGUGCUCACAGGAGCACUCGUCAGCGUUUCUUUUGCCCAGACUCGUCAGUACUUCUUUGUGAGCACGCCACUGAACUGGACUAAUGCUCAGAGUAUCUGCAGACGUAACUACACUGAUCUGGCCACCAUAGAAAGCACAGCUGGCAUUGUUGACGUUUCAAACACCACAUCCAAUUACACAGGCAAGGCUUGGAUUGGUCUCUACGAUGACUUGGAAAACAGUUGGAGAUGGUCCUUUAAUGACAGCAGCUUCUACGGUGCAGGAGAGGAAACGUAUAGAAACUGGCUUUCCUCUGAGCCCAAUAAUUUAGGAGGACAGCAGUACUGUGUGGUGCUUUUGAGUCCGACUCCACACUUUGGCUUAUGGAGUGACGUAGACUGCAAUUCGACAAGAGAAUUUGUGUGCUACAAUGGUACAGUGAAUGGCACGGCAUCCUUUGUUCUUGUCGAAACACCUUUAAACUGGACUGACGCUCAGAUAUUCUGCAGGACGAAUUAUGUUGAUCUAGCCAGCAUACGAAACUCCUCAGAAAAUGCCGUUGUCACAUCCACGGCAAGGGGAAAUUUUGUGUGGAUCGGUCUGUAUCGCCAAAAAGUGUGGUCUGAUGGGAGCAACUCUCUGUUCCGACACUGGGCUGACCAUCAACCAGAUUCUGGCGGAGAGCGUUGUGUCACUGCACAGUUCAAUAACUCAGGACGAUGGUCAGAUGAAAACUGCUCCCUCAGUUUCCCAUUCGUCUGUUUCACAACAAUUCCACCCAAUGCAGAAGGCUUCACUACCACAGGACAAAACGAGACCAGCAUUGUGCUGCAAGCGAAUGUCAGUAUUUCAAUACUGGUAUCUGGAGGAACAAACUUCACUGCACCACUAGUUAUUACUCUUCCUCCAAACACCGACAGCUUCAGAUCAACAGGACAAAAUGAGACCAGCAUCACUCUGCAGUGGAAUCAAGUGAACAACAAUGUCAGCUAUAUUCUGCUGUUUAAUGGCUCAGAGACAAACUUCAGUGCACCAGCUGGAGAUGGACCAAUAAAUCACACAGUCUCAUCUCUGACUGCUGGAACUCAAUAUACAUUCACUCUGUUUUCUGUGAUUGCGACCGUCAGGAGCAGUGGAGUCAGCAUCACUGCCGUCACUGCUCCUUCAAACACCGACAGCUUCAGAUCAACAGGACAAAAUGGGACCAGCAUCACUCUGCAGUGGAACAAAGUGAACAACAAUGUCAGCUAUAUUCUGCAGUUUAAUGGUUCAGAGACAAACUUCAGUGCAGCAGCUGGAGAUGGACCAAUAAAUCACACAGUCUCAUCUCUCUUUCCUGCUACUUACUACACAUUCACUCUGUUCUCUGUGUUUGAGAACGUCAGAAGCAGUGGAGUCAACAUCACUGUCAUCACUGGAGCACUCGUCAGCGUUUCUUUUGCCCAGACUCGUCAGUACUUCUUUGUGAGCACGCCACUGAACUGGACUAAUGCUCAGGGUUUCUGCAGACGUAACUACACUGAUCUGGCCACCAUAGAAAGCACAGCUGACAUUGUUGACGUUUCAAAUACCACAUCCAAUUACACAGGCAAGGCUUGGAUUGGUCUCUACGAUGACUUGGAAAACAGUUGGAGAUGGUCCUUUAAUGACAGCAGCUUCUACGGUGCAGGAGAGGAAACGUAUAGAAACUGGCUUUCCUCUGAGCCCAAUAAUUUAGGAGGACAGCAGUACUGUGUGGUGCUUUUGAGUCCGACUCCACACUUUGGCUUAUGGAGUGACGUAGACUGCAAUUCGACAAGAGAAUUUGUGUGCUACAAUGGUACAGUGAAUGGCACGGCAUCCUUUGUUCUUGUCGAAACACCUUUAAACUGGACUGACGCUCAGAUAUUCUGCAGGACGAAUUAUGUUGAUCUAGCCAGCAUACGAAACUCCUCAGAAAAUGCCGUUGUCACAUCCACGGCAAGGGGAAAUUUUGUGUGGAUCGGUCUGUAUCGCCAAAAAGUGUGGUCUGAUGGGAGCAGCUCUCUGUUCCGACACUGGGCUGACCAUCAACCAGAUUCUGGCGGAGAGCGUUGUGUCACUGCACAGUUCAAUAACUCAGGACGAUGGUCAGAUGAAAACUGCUCCCUCAGUUUGCCGUUCGUCUGUUUCACAACAAUUCCACCCAAUGCAGAAGGCUUCACUACCACAGGACAAAACGAGACCAGCAUCACUCUGCAGUGGAAUCAAGUGAACGAAAAUGUCAGCUAUAUUCUGCUGUUUAAUGGCUCAGAGACAAACGUCAGUGCAGCAGCUGGAGAUGGACCAAUAAAUCACACAGUCUCAUCUCUGACUGCUGGAACUCAAUACACAUUCACUCUGUUUUCUGUGAUUGCGAAUGUCAGGAGCAGUGGAGUCAACAUCACUGCAGUCACUGUUCCUUCAAAUGCAAACGGAUUCAGAUCGACACAACAAAAUGAGACCAGCAUCACUCUGCAGUGGAAUCGAGUGAACAACAAUGUCAGCUAUAUUCUGCUGUUUAAUGGUUCAGAGACAUUCGUUAUUGGACGAAAUGGACUUGGACCAAUAAAUUACAUAGUCUCAUCUCUGACUGCUGGAACCAAAUACACAUUCACUCUGUUCUCUGUUUUUGAGAACGUCAGGAGCAGUGGAGUCAACAUCACUGCAGUCACUGCUCCUUCAAACACCGACAGCUUCAGAUCAACAGGACGAAAUGAGACCAGCAUCACUCUGCAGUGGAAUCAAGUGAACAACAAUGUCAGCUAUAUUCUGCUGUUUAAUGGUUCAGAGACAAACUUCAGUGCAGCAGCUGGAGAUGGACCAAUAAAUCACACAGUCUCAUCUCUCUCUCCUGCUACUUUAUACAUAUUCACUCUGUUCUCUGUGUUUGAGAACGUCAGGAGCAGUGGAGUCAGCAUCUUUGCAUUAACUGAUCCUUCAAAUCCAAAUGGAUUCAGAUCAACUGGACAAAAUGAGACCAGCAUUAAUCUGCAGUGGAAUCAAGUGAACAAUGUCGCUUAUAUUCUGCAGUUAAAUGGUUCAGAGAUACACUUCAGUGCACCAACAGUCAGCGAUGGACCAAUAAAUCACACAGUCUCAUCUCUGACUGCUGGAACUGAAUACACAUUCACUCUGUUCUCUGUGUUUUUAACAUCAGAAGCAGUGGGGUCAACAUCACUGCAGUCACUGCUCCUCAGAAUGCAGAACGCUUCAGAUCAGUAGAACAAAAUGAGACCAGCAUCACUCUGCAGUGGAAUCGAGUGAACAACACUGGCUAUAUUCUGCUGUUUAAUGGUUCAGAGACAAACUUCAGUGCAGCAGCCGGAGAUGGACCAAUAAAUCACACAGUCUCAUCUCUGA